AAACUUAUUUUACUAUAAUAUUGGAAUACAAGAUAACACAAUAGAUACAAUUUAAUUGCAAUUGAGAUUAAAAAAUCAGACAAGAUGAGAGAGAGAGUUUCCGGGACCGAUUCAAACCUGAAAAGCUUGGAACGGCUAGGAAAGCACCCUCCAGCACCCACUGCCAGGCAGCAAGAGAGCGCCCCCCCCACCCGGAAGGGCCAGAUCCCGUGACUGCUGUAAUGUACAGGGAUAGGUAGCUGGGAUUGGGGCAGUGACACUUUAAUGCCCCGUACACUACAUGAUGUUUUGAUGUGGAAUACUGAAACCCAAAAACAAAAAACAAAACAAAAACAAAAAACAUAGAACCAUGACAGCUUCCCAGAAGCGAAGAGGAGGAGGGGGGCCGCCUUUAAGAUCAAGCGGAGGAGGGGGCAGCGAUUCUGUUUCCGUCGCGCCUGGGCCAGCGCGGUGACCACCUCCGUGGAGCCCAUGGAGGUGGAUCCACCUGCAGAUGAGCCCAUGGAGGUGGAUCCACCUCCAGAUGAGCCCAUGGAGGUGGAUCCGCCUGCGGCACAGCUGGCCUGGCACCACACCACCGUGCCAGGCCCCGCAUCGGCGCCGUCCCACCGCCGCUGGUCCAGGCGCUCGGCUCCCUACCCGCUGCGCGGCCCCCGCCCCCAGCAUUAGCUGGGUGGCAUGAGUUUCCAUCAGCUCCUCCUCCGAGCCUCCUGGGGAGCCAAGUUCUCCUCUUCCCAUUUAAAUGCUGCAGGAGUUACAGUUUAGUUCUUGUUGUUGUUGUUGAUUUUAGUGGUUAGUGUUAGUGUUAGGAGUAGAUUAUUGUUCGUAUUUAAGAGUUAGGCAUAGGUUACUUUUAGUAUUUUAGUGUUAGGCAUAGGUUCCUGUUCUUAUGUUAGGCAUAGGUUACUUGUAGUCUUUUAGUGUUAGGCAUAGGUUCCUGUUCUUAUGUUAGGCAUAGGUUACUUGUAGUCUUUUAGUGUUAUGCAUAGGUUCCUGUUCUUAUGUUAGAGUUAGGCAUAGGUUACUUGUAGUCUUUUAGUGUUAGGCAUAGGUUCCUGUUCAUACUUGACAGUUAGGGGUAGAUUGCUGGUGUCGAGUGGCAGUGAGCAGCGCUCACUCGGUAAGCACACGCCUGAUUGAUCAUCGGAAGACAUGAGUGCGAGUGCCGUGAGCACGGAGGCCCGAUGGCAUCUUGGAUGGAUUGAAUUUCCAGCUUGUGACUUUUGUGUUGCAGACCGUCGAGGAGCUUUCUGCGUGCUUUAUUGCUGUGCUUGGUGCCAUACGGCACAGCAGCAGCAAGGCUGUGAACACGUACAUACCCAGGUAGAUGCAAAUGUGCAACGGCGGAGCCAUGUUGCGGGCGGCGGCGACGGCGCGGGGCAUGAGGAGGGCGGCAUCGCUGCUGCACCAGUUUCAGAGGCUUCAGAGUACGUUGGUCAUAGCAGAACACAACAAUGAGACUCUUACACCCAUUACACUCAAUGCAGUCACUGCAGCAAAACGUCUCGGAGGCGAAGUUUCCUGUUUGGUUGCUGGGACCAGUUGUGACAAGGUAGCACAAGAGCUCAGCAAGGUGCAGGGUGUUGCAAAAGUGCUUGUGGCUCAGCACGACCUAUUCAAGGGAUUUCUGGCAGAGGAGCUGACUCCCUUGGUUUUGGAAACUCAGAAACAAUUUAAAUACACUCACAUUUGUGCUGGAGCAUCUGCCUUUGGGAAGAAUCUUAUUCCCAGAGUGGCUGCGAAGCUGGAUGUUGCUCCUGUUUCUGACAUCAUUGAGAUCAAAUCACCCAACACUUUUGUGAGAACUAUCUAUGCAGGGAAAGUUCUUUGCACCGUCCAGUGUGAUGAAGCAGUUAAAGUGUUUUCUGUACGGGGAACAUCUUUUGAGGCUGCACCAACGAGCGGCGGCAGCGCCAGUGUGGAGAAAGUGACCCCUCCAGCACCUGUUGGUCUGUCGGAAUGGAUUGAGCAGAAGCUGUCAAAAAGUGACCGGCCUGAGCUUACGAGUGCAAGAGUGGUUGUAUCAGGUGGAAGAGGCUUAAAGAGUGGGGAAAAUUUUAAGUUGCUGUAUGAUCUUGCGGACCAAUUGAAUGCUGCAGUUGGAGCUUCCCGUGCAGCUGUAGGUGCUGGCUUUGUUCCUAAUGACAUGCAAGUUGGACAGACGAGUAAAAUAGUAGCACCAGAACUCUAUAUUGCUGUGGGAAUAUCUGGAGCAAUCCAACACUUGGCUGGGAUGAAGGACAGCAAGACCAUUGUUGCUAUUAACAAGGAUCCAGAAGCUCCAAUUUUCCAAGUGGCCGACUAUGGACUGGUGGCAGACUUAUUUCAGGCAGUGCCUGAGAUGACGGAGCUCCUGAAGAAGAAGUGAGCAACUGCAGUGGCUGCAGUUGGGCUGGGCAGUAAUGACAGCACAACCCCAAGAUUACUGGAGAGUACUGGUGUCAGUGUAUGUUUGUGCUGGGCAGUGCUUGGUACGGGUGGAGGUGGGGACAGAGGUGGUAUGAAGGAAUAACAGUAAUAAAGGAUUGGAGUGGAAACCGGCCGGCUUCACGUCCCUUGGGAGACUUGGGAGACGGUGAAGAAACCAAAGGCAACCUGGUUCAUGCAGCUCAACCUGGGCGAGGAGGUGCCCGUCAUCAUCCACCGGGACAACAUCAUCAGUGACUACAACCAGAUCAUCGACUACAUGGAGAGGAACUUCACAGGAGGUAACGGGGGCACAGCUGCGUGCCGGGCUUCGUCUCAGCACAAACCUAGGGCAGAUUUGAAUGUCGGUGGCCAAAUGCACCCAUUUCCUCCCACAAAGGUUUGGCUCGCCCACAUCCAAUUCUCACGCUUUGCUAUCAAGAUGAAGGAUUUCCAGCAGAAAUCCUCAGACAUCCCUUGCAAAUCCUGCAAGGGGGAUUUGGGAGAGCUGCAGCUGGGUUUGCCCUUCUGUCCUAGAGUCUAUGCUCCCAAACUGAACCACUCCUCCCAUCUCCAUGGCUUGGGAGCCCAUGGUGUGCGGUGGCAUCUCACCAGGCUCUGCACGCUGGGGACAGAGUGACAGAGAUGCAGAGGAAGGGACGGCUGAGAGGGAACUCCUGUGUCCUCCCCUUGGAGCAGGGCUGAAGCUGGGACGCUGAGGUCCGAGGCCGCUCCUCACGCAGCUGCUUUGGCAAGUAGCAUCUCCAGCCCCUUAGUCCAUGUCAUCCCAGAUCUGCAGGCUGCCACGCUGGGAUGCUCCGCUGGGAGACUUCAAAGCCCAGCACGGAGCUUUGGCUGUGGCAUCAAGACUCUCGCCCCAGCAUCCAUCAGCCUUGCGGCGGAGGCAUCAAAAACAUCUCUAAAUAGCUCCCCAAGCACAGGCACCAUGCCAGCUCAGCUGCUGUCCUCUCCCGGCCGGCCGCCAUCGUGCUCAGCAGAGGUGCCGCACUUCCUUGCCGCUGGGAUGGCAGACAGACAGACAGACACCAGAGCCCCACAGAGGAGCCCUCACAGCAGCGGCCCCACAGAUGGGGCAGCCCCGCGUCCCUGGUGCACACUGCUGCGUGGGGCUGCAGUCCUCACAUUGCUCCGUGCUGCUGCCCGGUCCCUAUGGAGAGCAGCUGACCCGGCAUAUGUUGGCAGCACGCUGUCCCCAGCAGGGGAUGUGGGCUGACAUGGCGGCAGGGAACAGCUCUGAGCACGCUGGGGAUUCAUGGCUCUAGCAGGAGACACUGCGCUCUGUCACAGGAGACCUGCCUCGCUCUGCCCUCAUCACUUCAUGCUAACGCACACACCAGCCAAACCUUGCAUCUCCUUUCCUUAUCCAUGCCUAGCAGAUCCCUGUGCGGAACAGCCUUCUCCCGUUCCCUGUGCUCUACUCUGAGGAGGCCCACACUUACGUACAUGACACGACUGCUGAAGACAUAACGGGAUACCUGGAACACUAUUUAGACGUUCCAAAGAAAAUGUUUUCCAUUCCUUAUCCGUGCUUAACAGAUCUUUGUCUGAACAGCCUCCUGGGGUUCUCCCACAUCUUACUCUGAGCAGGCUCACACCUAAGUAAAUAAUGUAACAGUGGAAGAUGUCACAGGAUACCUGGAACACUGUUUAUAUAUUCCAUGAAAAUGUCUGCCGUGGCACAAAUGAUGUAUUCCUAAGUGAACCUCAGUGCCGAUCACAAAGCUAACCGUUAUCAUAAAUUUCACAGCGCGUUUGUGCCAUAAGAUUACUGUUUUGUGUUUCAUCAAACAGUUUCUUACAUCACACACUUUAGUUGUCUAAUAAAAAGAAAAACUGUAUACAGUUUCAUACAAUCACACAAUGGUUUGCUUUGUUUUGGGAGGGACCUCUAAGAUCAUCUCAUUCCCAGCCCCUGCGGCACGAAGGGACACCUCCCUCUACACCAGGCUGCUCACAGCCCCAUCCAGCCUGGCCCUGAAGGCCUCCCACGUGGGGACAUUCACAGCCUCACUGGGCAACCUGUCCCAGUGCCUCACCAGCCUCACAGCAGGGAAUUUCUUCCUAAUAGCUGGUCUAAGCCUACACUCUUCCAGUUCAAAGCCAUUUCCCCUUGGCGCUACCCGCCUUUAUAACAAGAACCCCCCAGCUUUCCUGUAGACCCCCUUCAGUCCAGGAAUGCUGCUAGAAGGUCACCUCAG